AUGGCUAUGGAAAAGCAGGAUAAUGUGGUUGCUGGCCAGCACCCCGCGCCCAUGAAAUUUUCCCGUUACCGCUCGGUGAGGAAAGCCGCUGCGAAACAGCCACCGGAGGCCAGCCCCCUCCCGCCGCUUUCAAUCCCGCCAGUCGCAUCCGCGUCGCCGUCGCGGGACAAUACAACCCACCCCAAUGCCUCCGGUACUAUCCAGCGGAGCAUGUCGCGAUACCGUCGCAGGGCUCCCGCUGCGCAUGAGGUCGAAUCCCAGCCCCCUGUCCCAGCGCAUCCCCCGGGGUAUAAAGCAUCGGUGGAUAAUGGCAACGACCCUGUUCACCCACACUUCCAAGACUCAGAGGGCGCGGAGAUGGUGCGAAUGCGAAACAAGCUGGCUGUCCGACUGGCGUCGCGCGAGAGACGGCCCCAGGGGACCGACGAGGACGACGAGGCUGAGCGCGAAAAACACCGCCAGAAUGCGAUGGAACGGUUGACCGGCGGAGAAAUCAAGGGUUCAAUGCCUGCAAGUCAGUCGAGGUCGGCGACACGGGACAGGUCGGCCGACAAGUUGGAAGAUCGUUCGAAUCGUCGUCCGCGGAAGGACCCCGAAUAUCAAGGGCGCACAAACGCAAGCGCUCCCGCGAGUCGUCGCGCGAGCAAUGAACCGAGGCGCCAGUCCCUCAGUGACGCGAUCAAACCGUCGCUACCCAGGGGAAAUGUGCACGGCGAUGCGCCGCUGAUCAGUGCAAUUGACACCAACGUGCCAGCACAGUUCCCCGGGUUUGAUGCUCCUGUCUCGGCAGUCAAUGCGCGCGAGCGCCGGGUUCUCGUCCAAUACAGAAAAGAGUCUCUGAGAAUUUGUGUCACGCCGUCGACGUCCGCUCAAGACAUUGUGUCAGCGGCGUUGGCGCAGAUGGCUGCGGGAGUGGACCCGGAAAAGUUCAUCCUGAUGGAAUCCUUCACUGAACUAGGACUGGAGCGGCCGUUGCGCCGCUACGAAUUCGUACGGGAUGUGCUGAAUUCGUGGACUCAUGACGAGCAAAACACAUUGAUUGUUGUGCCUGCCGCCAGUCUCGAUGCGUUGACCCUGCUCGAUGGGCAGAACGUUUCACUCGGACAACCCGCGGAUGUCACCUUCCAUAUGUACUACUCGCAACGGCCUCGCAAGUGGGAUAAGCGCUAUGUUACCCUCCGGUCAGAUGGCCAAGUGGCCGUCUCCAAGAAGGAGAAUGCUCAAGAGUCGACCAACGCGUGCCACCUUUCUGAUUUCGACAUCUACUCUCCUACAGCCAGCUAUCUUGCGAAUAAUGUGAAGCCACCCAAGAAGUUUUGCCAGGCGGUCAAGAGCCAGCAGAAAUCAAACAUGUUCCUCACAACCGAGAACUUUGUCCACUUUUUCUCCACCAACGACCGAGACAUCGCGGACGGGUGGUACCGAGCUGUCCAAACAUGGCGCAGCUGGUACCUGGUUACUAAGCUGGGGGCGGGUCAGCCUGAAGCCGAAGGGCACGCCGAUGAGGCCACUGGAAAGAGCCCACCAAAGCCACUGCUAAAUCCGUUCGAGGAACCUGCCAACGAGGUCCAACCAUUGCCCGCCCUCGAACGCACCCGGUCCACGAAGACCAAGGAACUCUUCUCACACAAAAAGAGCACGCGGGAGCGCGGGCCUCCACCGACCUCAUUCCCCAAGCUGCUCACCGGCGAGUCCGACCUAGCUGCGGGCUCAUCGUCCGAUGAGGCUCCAUUUUCGGCAUCCGGCCUUCUUGGACGGACCUACACCAUGCGCCAGCGUGCCAUGAAAGAACGGGAAGAGCAAGAGAAGCUUGAGAAUGAAGAACUUCUCAAGCAAGGCCUCGUCGGCACCAUGGGCUCGCGCCGCCCCAGCCGCACCAACACCAUGACCUCCACCCAUGGACCGGAUCCGAAUCUCAUGCGACGGACUCAGUCCAUGCGAACCAAACCCCUCGUCGAUCUCACUCCUGUCUACCAAGAACCGCCACAACACAUUCGCAAAGGCCGCGGCGUGGCCGUCGAACCCGGAUUGCCCCUAAUCGACGCAGCCACGAGUGUGGACGCACCAGGCGGGAUUCAAAUUCCGUCCGCGACAACCUGGCGAAGACCGCAGGUGCCGCCUGAGCCGGCCGCCCCAGAAGUCCGCACUCGGAACCGAUCCAACACCGCCCGCAGCAUCAACAAUCAGCAGCGAUACCACCACACGGCACCAACUUCUCCCACAGACGUGGAGAAUAUCCGCUCUCCAGACGGGCCGUUCAUCCCUAACAGUCUUCUGGCGCGAUCUAUCCCGGUCGCAUCUCCACAGGGACCUCCGGUGGGCCAUGGAGUAGCGACCGGAGAUCGCAACGCAACGAAACCGAUGCUAGACAUGUCACCGGAGAAUCCGUUCGCGGAGGGGAGUUUGCUCAGGGGGUUGUAG